CAACAACAACAACAACAGUACAUGAGCGGGGGUCUCACUACCCAACAGCUCAUGGCCAGCAUGCACCUUCAGAAACUCAAUACGCAGUACCAUGGACACCCGCUGGGACACAUGAACGGCAACCACAUGGGGAACGGUGUGCAGUUCCGCAUGGGUCAGGCCCAGUUGAGCAACAUGCAGCAUAUGGCCGGCCCGGCUCUCAGUCUCAAUGGCAUGGAUGCCGAUUUGAUCGACGAAGAGGUUUUGACUUCGCUGGUCAUGGAGCUAGGACUGGACAGGGUGCAGGAACUCCCUGAACUCUUUCUGGGACAGAAUGAGUUUGACUUUAUCUCGGACUUUGUGAGCAAACAGCAGCCGAGCACCGUUAGCUGCUGAGACUGGAACAUAUGGAUGCUUGAAGGCGGGAUGGGCAGCAAAAGUUGCUCUUUCGAUCUAUUUUUUGUGAUCGCCAUCAACAAGACAAGAGGUGAUCAGAUGCCUCUUUCCCCACAGAGCUCCUGUCCGGACUACAGUUCUGUUUCUGUCUGGAACGCCGAGCGGUGUUCCAUGGAUGAAUGUAACAACACUUCAGAACUGUGAAUUGGUGCAAUGUAUAGACACUCAAACCUUAUUUGUCUUCAAUGCAGUUUUACAUUUAAAAAUGUAUUUAUUUAUUGCUUAUCAGAUGUAUU